CAUGAAUUGGGAUGGACUUACAGGCACACCGUUGAUGAUGAGUACAUUAAAGGCAUUCCUUUCUCUGAAGACGCAAGUGGACAAGCGGAUAUAACUGAUAACCAUGCUUUCUAAAAAGCACAAACUACCUAGGAUUUUUAUUAGUUUUAUCGUCUGUUUUAUUAGCAUUCAGAAAAGCCGAUGUCAAACUACACUAGCGGCUACAAACCCGCAAACAACUGUAACACCAGUGGAUUGUAGCCCUCCGGGAUACUGCAAGAAUGGCGGCGUGUGUAUCGAGGGCGUUGUAUGUCAAUGUCAGCCUGGUUUCAGUGGAGAUGUAUGUGAAAACAUCGGAUGUAUUAAUGACCCAACCUAUUGUAAGAAUGGGGGUGAAUGUAUCGAUGCUGCAUGCCAAUGCCCAAUGGGUUUUACGGGAGAUAUGUGCGAAAUCAUCGAAUGUAGUAGUGGUACAUGUCAAAACGGAGGAGAUUGUCUAACGGAAUUGACAUCUGAUCCAAGCAAUGUAUGUAUAUGUGCUCCAGGAUUCCAAGGCACAUUCUGUGAAGAAGUGGAUCCUGAAGGAACGUGCAUUCUCAACUGUGAGGGCGGAAACUGCACCUCAAACCAUACCUGUGUAUGCGACCCAGGGUUUAAAGGAACCUAUUGUCAAGAACAAAUUACAUGCUUCGAUGAGCCGUGCCAAAAUGGAGGUACUUGUGUACUUUUGGCCCGCCGAAAACGUCAGGUGUUUUUACCUCCGUCAUCUGCGGGUUGUUCCUGUAGGGUGCCAUACACUGGAUCAUUUUGUGAAAUAGAACUACCGCCAUGUGAUAUCGAUUGUAAAAACAACGGGGAAUGUCUACUUCACCCAGAGACUCUUAACUAUUAUUGUGCCUGUGCAAUUAAUUAUUAUGGUGAUUUCUGUGAAAAUGCCGAGUUAUGUGAUGAAAUUGGCUGUAAUGGCAUGGGUACUUGUGUAGAAGGUUCCUGUGUUUGUUUGGAAGGACACUACGGAGCAUUUUGUGAACUCGAUAUUUGUUCAACACGCCCUUGUGAAAAUGGAGGUCUUUGUAUCCUGCCGAUCAAUGAAUUUUUCUCCGAAGUGUUCACACCAGUAACUGAAUUCCAGUGCGCUUGUGCACCAGGUUUCAGAGGCCCAACAUGUACUGGAGUAAUAGUUGAAUGCAGCCGCAACGAAUAUUUAUGUGCAAGUGGCGAGUGUAUACCACUUAGUAAAAAAUGCGACAGUAUUACGUAUGAUUGUGCAGAUAAUUCAGAUGAACCCGAUAGAGAAUGCAACAACAAUAAUGAAUGUCGAGAUUUAUUGGCUAAUCUUGAUUUAAUGACGAGGGAAUGCGGUGAGCUUAGUACACCGUUCCGAUCUUUUAUAGAGUCGGAGUCGGUGUCACUAAUAAAUGUAUGGAAAUUUAAUUCACCUCCCUCCGAUUUUCCAGGCGCCUCGAAUAUAAUAUCACAGAUAACGAUUAACAUCGAACCAUACAUGGGAACUGAUAUUUUAAGCGAUGGAACCCUGUUUGUGGCACUGAUUUCUGAAAAGGAUGGUAUUCAGACCCAAGUUUACAACUUCGAGGUAUUAUACCAAAAUGACAACGGACAAACUAAGUUUAUCAAGUAUCUGACCGACAUCUACAAUAUGGGUUUUAAUGGUCAAUACGUUUCCCUGUCCUUUCUUCCUGAUGGUUCUACAGAUCAUACACUACUUCCAUAUUUCAAAUGCGAAAUUAUAAACGAAGAAAUUAUAGAAGAAGAAACUUCCUCCUGUAUUACCUUGAUGACUAGAAUGUUUGUACCUGAGUGUAACUUUAACAACUGCAUUGAUAGAUACGGUGAUUGGAAACAGGCCAGUUAUCAAAAAAGAGACCUCAACUGUGGAGUUUCUUCCAUUGAUAGUGUCGUUGAUUCAACCUAUCAGCCUUGUCUCAGUCCACCAUUUAUUGCAUCCGUCAGUAGAAGCAUGGACGUUGGCAUCGAAGAGGUAGUUUAUUUGUAUUGUGUUGCGUACGGAGAGCCGACGCCCGCAGUUAAGUGGCUGGAAGUAUCUGAAACCGGUGAAGUCAUUAAUACCAGCGAGCCAGCUGAUGGACAAAUAGUCUUCGAACUACCAGAUGUAACCUCAGCCACUAGAUACGUUUGUCUCGCCGCAAACGUGGCGAAUGAAGUAGUAAGCGAUGAUGUAGUGAUUUCACUAGAAGACCCUGUUUGCAGCAGUCUUCAAAAUUUAUCUCGGGAAUUUUCAGUUACAAAUUCUGUAUGUUUUAAUGAGACCGUUAAAAAUAUUCUUUCGAAUGAAGGACAAUUUGGUGGAUUUACUUACAUCGAUGAAUUUACUGAAGGAACUGUCUUGUACGCUGUAUCAUUUUCCUCAACCAACGUAGACGUUGGUGGUGGAGAAAUGUCUUUCUCAUCUACCUCUGUAGAACAAAUUGGCCCCGUCGUGUUGUCUAUGUAUUUAGUGAUAUCAGACGUGAUUACAGGCGUCGUUAUUUAUAGUCAUGUGUUUGAAGGAAUAAUAAUUGUUGACCCGAAUAUUGAGAGCCGUAAUCCAAUCAAUUUGUCUUUUGAUACACCAAUCAAAAUUAAUUCUACGUCUCGAUAUGAGUUUAGGCUGAGUACCACAGAUCAAUCAUAUCAGUUAAAUAAUCAACCGUUGGAUGUUAAAUAUGUUACAUGUGCCAGCGGAACACAAGGCUGCCAAGAAUUCAUCAGUGAUUGGAAUGGACUGAUCUCCGAUCAAAUUGAUGCCGGAUGUGACGAUAUUGACAUCCAAUACACAGCAGCUGAGCUUUGCUUUGGGGAGUUCUUUGGGGACCCGGAAGUAAUUAGACAUCCAGAAUCGCAGGAUAAUGCUAUUGGUAUAACAACUUUAGAAUGCAAUAUUGAAAAUGUGGAGUUUUAUGAAUGGUAUAAGAACAGUAAGCGUAUAACUAGUAGCGGACCAACCUAUAGCUUACAACUCCAGGAUGGGCAAGAUCAGGGCGACUACGCAUGUCUAGGUUUUAGAUCUCAGGAUGAUAAAGACGCAUCAUCCAACACAGCAACUGUAUUGAUUACAGGUGUAUCAACAUUUAGAGUAAUUGCUAGAUUCCAGAUCGCAUUCGAAAGGGCCUAUACCGACAGAGAGAGCGAAAAAUUCAAGAACUUUACCAGAGACUUGCAAACAUCACUGGAAAGCAAAAUAUCUACCCCCUUUGAGUUGUAUAUCACUAGCAUUAAGUCGGGAAGUGUCAUCACAGAAAUGGAAAUGUAUUUCUCGGAUCAAGCUCAGAAUGCUUCAGCUGUAAGUGUCAUGAUCAACGACACACUAGUAGCAUUGCCAGAAUACGAAACAGACCCAAGCUCUGUCAUUGUCACCAGUAUAUCAACCUGCGUGGGAGAAGAUGUCACACAAGAUGGUAUUUUGUACAGUUUCUCUGAUACGCCACUUGACGCAACUGCAGAAUCUGUGCAAGACUGCCCUCUAUACUCAGACCAAGGUUUGUAAACGCUAUCAAUUAUA